UUUUUCUGUGUCUCUUUCUACUUUUUUCCAGGUAGGAGCUUCGUCAGCUUCUCUUUUCUGCCGAAAGUUUCAGACUUUGGUUUUCUGUUCUUAAGGGUCAAGCAUUCGGUUCUGUUCAUGAUGCCGAGUGUUAACCCAGACCCAUCUGACAAAGAUUCUGAGCCAUUUGUUGAAACUGAUCCAACUGGCCGCUAUGGUCGAUACAGUGAAUUACUUGGAUCUGGUGCUGUGAAAAAAGUGUACCGUGCAUUUGAUCAAGAGGAAGGAAUAGAGGUGGCUUGGAAUCAAGUUAAGCUCAGGAAUUUCUCUGAUGACCCUGCAAUGGUGGAUAGGCUUUACUCUGAAGUGAGGUUACUCAGAAGCUUGACCAACAAAAACAUCAUUUCCCUUUACAAGGUGUGGAGGGAUGGACAACGUAACACUCUUAAUUUCAUCACUGAGGUCUGUACCAGUGGGAAUUUGAGGGAGUACCGGAAAAAGCAUAGGCAUGUUUCCUUAAAGGCCCUGAAGAAGUGGUCUAAGCAGAUUUUGAAAGGGCUGAAUUAUAUGCAUAUGCAUGAUCCCUGUAUCAUCCAUAGAGAUCUCAAUUGCAGUAAUGUGUUUGUCAAUGGAAAUACUGGCCAGGUUAAGAUUGGUGACUUGGGUUUGGCUGCAAUUGUGGGAAAGAACCAUUGUGCACACUCGAUUCUUGGUACACCAGAAUUUAUGGCUCCAGAAUUAUAUGAGGAAGACUACACAGAAAUUGUGGACAUAUAUUCAUUUGGGAUGUGUGUGUUAGAGAUGGUGACACUGGAGAUUCCUUAUAGUGAGUGUGACAAUGUUGCCAAGAUAUACAGGAAGGUGUCUUCUGGAGUGAGACCUUUGGCCUUGAACAAGGUCAAAGAUCAAGAGGUGAAGGCCUUCAUUGAGAAGUGUCUUGCUCAGCCAAGGGCUAGACCUUCUGCUGCUGAUCUUCUCAAAGAUCCUUUCUUUGAUGAGAUUGUUGAUGAUGAUGACGAAAAUGAUGACUGUGCUUGUUGCUCAUAGUCAAAAUUGUCCUUUUUAUGAUAAAAAUACGUUCAUGUGUCAGUUUUUGUAAUUUGAUUCAUCCCUUUUUUUACUGUUUAUAUGUUAAUUUGGUGCAGGACCCUGUCAUCAUUUUGAAUUUUCCCUUUUUUGUGGGCUGUGAAGUUGGAUUAGGGUUGAAUAAGGGUAAAGAUAGGGUUGCCUGGGGAGUGCUUGAUUUGGG